AUGGACAUCCUCCAUGAAAGGUUCUAUCCCAACCGUGGAUCUCUCAAGUAUGCCAGAGUGAUCACGCGAAGCCUGCAGAGCUCACCGCCGGAUUUUGAUCCUGUGCUACUCGCAUCCCUUGAUAUUGCUCAGUCAAGGCGUCUGUCAUCGUUCCUUAAGUAUGCCGUCAGUGAGCUCAACAGUAUAAAUGGACAUUUAGGGCAGGCUGGGGUUGGUGCUGCCACUCGGUUCAGAGAAUUGCGUGCCCUCAAUGAAAAUGCAGAUGAUUUCCUGCAAAGAGUCGCACUCCAGUAUGGCCUGACCAGGGGUGUUCUUGCCGCUGGUUUAGCACAUCUUCAUCAGGCGAUUGCGGCCGCCACUGAUCUCAUCACCAGGUUCAACGAAGAGCCAACUGCUGUCCGUCAUCUUUUCACCGCGUUUACCUCGUCAGGCCCACUGGGUACCUAUCUUAUCACCUAA